AUGAGUACUUCAUUAAUGAAUAAUAGAAUUGUUUUGACUGAUGAAGAAUUGGUUGAUGCUUUCAAGUUGUUAGAUGUUGACCAAGAUGGAGAAUUAUCAAGACAUGAGAUGUGUGUCCUCCUUCGUACUAUUAAUAUUGAACCAACAAAAAAUGAACUUGAUUUUAUUUUUGAGGAAAUUGAUAUUGAGGAACGUGGAAAGAUUACACUUGAUGAGUUUGUUAAUUAUAUGAAAAAUCCAUUUAGAGCUCUCUUCACCAAAGAUCAAAUUGAAGAAAUUUUUAAAGAUGUUGUUGAAAGCGAAGGUGGAAUAACAUUAGAUAGUGUAAAAGAAGUUGUCAAAGAUUAUUUAGAUGAUGGAUCUAUGAUAAUGCUUGAGAAACUUUUUGCUAAAGCUGAUGUCCAUGAUGAUGGAGUGAUUUCUGUUGCUGAAUUUUUAAAACUAAUGAAAAAAAUGAAAAGGCUUCAUAUAAUUAAAAUACAUGUAGAUUGUAUAAAAAAAAAAAGACAUUCAAAUAUAUUACAAUGCCUGGUGAAGAGAUAA